UUCAUCAUCACAUUUACUUCUGUUACAGUUUUCAUGUAUGGCAAUGGAAUUUUACUAAACUCAUUCCUCCCAUCCCUCCUCCAUGUUUCUCCAUUGUCUCAUUGCAUUUGCAGAAUCUAAAAAGAUGUUAACAUGUUUCUUGGAAAUUAAAGUCACUAUAAUAAUGGAAGAAUUUUUUUUCAAACAGCAAAAGUGAUUUUGUCUGUGUGUUUAUUAUUGAUUUUUCCAAGACUACAAACACUCAUUUCUCUUUUGUUACAGGCAUUACGCAUACGAGUAUGAAUCAGCACCGACAGUGCCUGCGGGCACUCUGCAGGCUAUGUGGCUUGGAACGAGCUAUUCCAAGUGACCGGCAACCGGUGGAUAAGAGGCAGCUAGGGAAGGUCAUAGAGAGUGCUUUUGGUGUAAGGAUCCAAGAGGAUGAUGAUGAUCUUCAUCCCCCCUAUGUCUGCAAGGUGUGCCACUUAUAGCUGAGGAAAUGCUGGCCGAAACAUCAGAAAAAAGUAAAAGCCAACCUCAAUAUUGAGGUACACACCUUUGAGCAGCUAUCUUGUGACAAGUGUGAUGUGAAGUUGCAAGAUGAAGGGAAGUUGCCAAAGUGGAAGGCUGUGGCGGAGAGAUAUGGCCUUCUGACAUGGUGUAGUGAUGAGUUGCUCCAGGUAAUGCAGAUGAGCAGGGAGGGACGCCCUUCGCUUUUCUUCACCAUAAGAAAGGAUUUGACAUGGCAGUUAGUCGUUGCUGGGACGCCGGUACCUCCGGGCAGUCAUAUUUGCAGGGGUAUUCCCGACAUCCUGGAUUCCAUUCAUGUAGAUGAAAUUUUGUCCAAUAUUUCAUCCCUUGUGGUCUGUGAAAGGAAUGCAGAUUUCUUGGAUCUGAUAGAGGCGAGGAAGGGGAGUCAGGGUGAGGUACCAGUCCGAGUUUCAACCAAUGAUGUUGUAAAUGAGGGUGUAAUACGCCACAAGCAUUGCCUGCAGAUGAGUGACCGGAGCCCUUGAUGUAAUGUGUGUCAAAUAUACAGUUCCAAUCUCAAUGCCCUACAUAGCCAACAGCGGAUGAAAAUCCAUCAGGAAAUUACUCCAUCAUCCACCAUCCCAAAUGUAAAAAUGACGAGGAAGCAGCUACAGCAGAAGGUGACACAGCUGCAGAUGGAAAGGCAAAGUCUGAAACGUCGAGUAAAUGCCUUGGAAGAAAGAGUGGCAACUAUAAUCCGUGAAGACUGUAUUGGGGUCGACGAUCUUCAAAAUGAGAUCAGCAGAUCAAUGCAAAGCUGUGAUGCUGAGAUGAUCAAGGCCCUGGGCAAAGACACCCCGGCUCAUUUGUUGUGGGAGAAACAAAAAGAAUCAAUGAUGAAAGGAAACAGAUGAAGUGGCACCCUGCAGUCAUUCGCUGGUGUAUUGCGCUUCAAAAUAGAUCAUCCUCAGCCUAUAACCUGAUACGGCAGACGGGUUUCAUCAGAUUGCCACACCCAUCUACAUUACAUCCAUACAGCCUUUUUGCCAACCACACAACCGACUUUAAUUUUGAUAUGCUGGCAAGGGUGGUCAAAGAUUACAAGCUUCAUGCUAGGCCAGAGCAUGAAGCUUGUAUAUCUCUGCUCUUCGACGAGAUGAAGGUGAAGGCAGGUCUUGUCUUUUCGAUAAAGUCUGGCAAAGUGAUCGGAUUAACAGAUGUUGGGAGCCUGGCAAAUGAGUUGGCCAGCUUUGAAAGGAAAUGCCGGGGUGAUACGGAGCCUGACACUGCCACCCAUGUCCUUGUGUUGAUGGUACGUGGAAUCUUCAUGAGUCUGCAUACCCCAGUUGGGUAUUACCCAACAGUUGGUGUGACAAGCCACCAACUGUUUCCAUGCCUUUGGGAGGCAAUUCUUCAUUUGGAGGUAGCUGGUUGGAAGGUGCGGGCCCUCGUCUCUGAUGGAGCAUCGCCUCAUCGAAAAUUCUAUCAUCUCCAUCAAGACCGCGGUUCAUCUGAUGAGGUUGUUUACUUCACACCCAACCCCUUUGACACGACCAGACGUAUACAUUUUGUCUGUGAUGUCCCUCAUCUCAUCAAGACAACCAGAAACAACUUUGAGAAUUCUAGCUAUCACAACAAGACAAGGCUCCUUUGCUACAACAAACAACCCAUCGAGUGGACCCAACUGCUUCAGAUGUAUGAGUGGGACAUGGGGCUGGAACGACACUCUCCAGGACUUCGACGUCUACACAAGUUGACGUAUGAGCACUUGCAUCUCACGCCUGCAUUGAGAAUGAGAGUGUACAUGGCUGCACAGGUCCUCAGCUCUACAGUCGCAAAUGCCUUCGAGUCGCAUGGGAAAACUGGAGCAACAUCUACAGUCAAAUUUCUGCGGAUGUUUGAUCAGAUGUUCGAUUGUUUGAAUGUUUCAAACACACAUGCUGCAAGACACCUGAGGAAACCUUCACUAGAACCAUACAGGAGCUCUACAGACUGGCGCUUUGAGGUUAUCAUUGGCAUCUGAUUCUGAUCAUCUUGAUGAAUCCUCCUCUGAAGAGAGUGGCUCGGAUAACCUAAGUAACUUGAGCGAUAGUGGCAUGACUUUUGAGGAAACUGACAGCAAAGACUCAGAGUCAGAGGGGCAUCAUCACCUGUGCGAAAGAAACGUCCCCUGCAUUUUCAUAUCACUUGUCCAAUGCAUUUACAUGUACAUGUACAUGUAUACCCAAAACAUCUUGCAGAAUUUAUUAGAGUUUAUUUAUUGAUCCAGUUUAGAGCAGUCUUUGAAGUAGUCUUUCAAACUAUAUACUUUUA